AUGACAAAAAAUGAGGCGAUGGACAGCGAAAGAAAUCCAGUGGAUCACUCAGAAUCUGAGGCAGAUCCAGGCAUAGAUCAAGCCAUAAGCAUGAUAACUUUUCAGUCAACGGACGCCAACAUGUUGAGCACGAUAACUGCCCCACUGGAGAAUGUUCCAUCACCGAUGGCCGAAGACGAAGAUUCAAACAGUGUGCGAUCGAAAAGCGUCAAGAGCGCUGGAUUGGGAGUCGCUUCACCAGAUAGCCAAAAGUCUAUGGAGUUAAAUAACUCAAAUGGCGAGCAGUUAGAUGAGAAAAAGCUUCAGGACACGGCAAGAGAAGGGGUGCCCUAUACCUGUUUCACCAAGGGCCAGGUAGCUCUGAUUUUCGGGAUAGUCAUAUACAUUGGAUUUUUAGGACCUAUGGCUGGAAACAUUUACAUUCCGGCGUUACCAUUGUUGCAAAAUGAAUUUCACGUUAAUGAGACAACCAUAAACUCGACUGUGUCUGUUUUCAUGGGGGUUUUUGCCGUUGGGCCGUUAUUCUGGGGUAUGUUUGCUGAUCUUACUGGCCGGAAAUUUCUGUACAUCAUGUCACUAGUGCUUUUGAUGGUAGUAAAUAUUCUAUUGGCAACUGUACCGGCGAAUAUUGUGGCUCUCUACAUCUUACGGGUUUUCCAAGCUUUCGGAUCCAGUUCAGUCAUUGCACUUGGGACCGGCACCGUGACAGACGUAUCGGCACCGAAGAACCGAGGUAAAGCAGUCGCAUAUUUCAUGAUGGGACCCAAUAUGGGACCCAUCCUGGCGCCCAUAAUUUCAGGUUUGAUUCUGAUGAACGGCGAUCACUGGAGGUGGCUUUUUGGCUUUACGAGCAUUAUGAGCGGUGUCGCACUCUUAUUAGUCCUCGCUUUAUUGCCAGAAACCCUAAGGUGCAUAGUUGGUAAUGGCGAUCAACGCUGGAACACCGCAAGCAAAAAUGAUGAAAUCCAAACCCUGGACCAGGAGACUGGAGAAGCACACGGAUUUGUCCAGACCCCCAGGAUAAGGUUAUUUCAAGACAUUGGUAUUUUAAAACCAGUGAACGAAAGCCCUCUAUUUCAAAAGCUAUAUCCGAGGCCUUCAAAACCGUCCAUUACUACCUACUGGCAUAUGAUUAAAUUUCUACCGCUAACGGUUUCUUCGCUGAGCACAGCCCUUCUGUUUGCCAGCUAUUAUGCUUUCACCGUCACUUUUGCUCAUUUUUUACAGGCCGACUACCAUCUUUCCAUGCUGGAAGUCGGCGCAUCCUACGUGUGUCCUGGUGUAGCGAUGCUGUUGGGCUCACAGACCGGAGGACAUCUUUCAGACUACUUAAGAAAACGAUGGCUACGUUCCCAUCCUGGUCUACUAUUUCCGCUAGAAUAUCGCCUCAUUCUGCAAAUCUGGGGCAUAGCCCUAAAUACUGCAGGCUGCAUUGGCUACGGAUGGUCAAUCCAGCGUCACUACCAUCUGUCUGUCGUCCUCGUAUUUUCAGCUCUAAGCGCUUUCGGUUUGACUUGGUGCAGUAAUACGACGAUGACAUAUUUAAGUGAACUAAUGGCUAGACGUACCGCUGGAGCCAUUGCAAUCAGCAGUUUUUUCAGAAACGUAGGUGCUACGAUCAGCUCAGCAAUUAUAAGUAAACUAUAUCUUGCCAUGGGUAUCGGCUGGUGUUUUUCAGGUUUAGGUCUCUGCAACGUCAUUUCGCUUGCAGCCAUUCUAUACCUAAUAAAAUAUGGCAAUUAUUUCCAUCAAGAAUACAAACCAUAA